GGCAUUGCUUUCACUGUAGGUUUAUAGUCGAAGUCCCCUUACAAUUGAUGGCUGUGAACAUUUUUCCGUAGAGAUAGAUUUUCACAUGUCAAAAAAUAUGAGGUUGAAUUUAAUAAGGCUGCUCAAUCCUUGACUGAUUUUGCAAUUCCAAGUACCCAGAAGAAAGCUGCUUUGAAUCGAUUAGUGAAGGUAAUAAAUUUUUAUUUUUUUCUUGUCUAUAUGCAAUCUGUUGAGGUUUUUAUGCGUUCUUAUUUAUGACCGAAGUUGGAUGGACUAUCUUCUUAACAAGAUAAUGUUGCAUUGAUUGUGGUUCUUGAAGCAAAAUUUACUAACUAGGGAGUUGAUAAUCCUGGCAAGAGGCAGCUUCUUUGUGUUGUAUGACUUUUCAUUAUAAUCAUCAUCAUACGACCAGAUGCAUAUUGUUUACUGCAAGGCAUUGGUUUCUAGCGCUUUUAUCAUUUGCCAGUGUAUGACCAGAUGUACCAUAGGUGAUUUCAGUAUCAUAUGAUUGGAUAGAUGUAACUGGGGUUAGACUGUUCAUGGGCUAAUUAUAGAUCAGGCUUGUACCCUAAACAUCGCAUCAAUUGUGCUGGUCCCAUACUGGGUUUAAUUGAAAACUUCGUGAUAUGUUGGAUAUAUCUGUAAAUUCAUAAAGAUUGCAGUAUUAUGUGAUUGGAUAGAUGGCGAAUGUCUGAUAGCAGCAAAAAGUUCGAUCUCACCAAAAUCAAUACCCCAAUUGCAAAAGAAGUAAGGCUCAAAUGGGUGAAGAACAAGAGCCCAGACCACAUCAUCGAUACUGAGACCGAUCUUAACGCAGCUUGCCUUCUCAAGGAUGCUUUCAAGCCCUCGCCUACCGACUUCCUCACCGCAAAGUCUUCUGCGAAUUGGCAAAACGCUUCUAGGCUUCACAGUAGCUGUUCUUGGCUUUCUCCGCAGGUCAGUACCCACUCAUCCCAUGCAAAGGUGGGUGUUGGUCUCGGGUUGAGCAGAGGAGGAGUAUGGAUCCAUCCCUCAACAAACGAACACUUAUUCACAAAUUGCACUAGAAAUUUUAUUGGCACUCUAGAUUACAUAUUUUACGCAGUGGAGCCCUUAUUGGAAGUCUUGGAUGAGGAUAGCUUGAGGAAAGACACAGCUCUUCCUUCUCCAGAAUGGUCCUCAGAUCAUAUAGCUCUAUUAGCUGAGUUUUGCCGCAUACCUAGGCAGAAUGUCAUGGCUAUUUUCAAGCUGACCAACUAUUACUUGUGGUUGUCAAAUGCCUGGAGGUCUGUAGGUGCCCUAGAAAGUGGGGAAGGAGAAGCUGAUGAUACAGAUAUAUUAUUGCAAGAAGGGUAGGUGAUCCACCCUGUGUUCGUAAUCAAAGGAUUGAUGAUAGGAUCCUUGCAAUGAUUUGCUUUAUAUUAUGGCGCCUUUGUUUCAUAGGAAAAUCAUGGUCAUGCCCUUUUUCAAUUCCUUUCCCCCUUGUCGAUAGAAAUGUCCAGUGGCCCAGUAUAAUUAGUGAUUGUCUUGUACUUCAGUUCUCUAUGCAAAGUAUAUGGAUAGCAGCAUUGCGAUUGUUUGCAUGCCCCCUUCUUCCAUCUUUGGCCUUAUGUUCCUCCCUCCUUUUUCUUCAUUGAGGAAUAAAAAUCUAAGUUCUUA